AUGUCGAAAGCCAGCGAAAUACCACUAUUCGACCCCGAAAGACAGGCAGAAGAGGUUUCGGAUCUCUUGGAUGCUGUCAAGUCCCUCAUCAUCCCCUUCAUCGCUUCUGCUGGUCCUGUCCCUGCCGAGGUCGUCACCGACAAUGGCCAGACAAAGCUCAAGGGCGAGGGCUCGCGCGGCGUUGUCGAUGCCUAUGAGCCAGCGGAGCUGAAGAAGAUACUAGCGCUAGAGCUGUCAGAUGGCGGAGUGGGCAGAGAGGGACUGCUGGACUUGGUGAAGAAGACGCUAGAUUACUCGGUGAACACGUGGGACCAGGGAUUCCUGGACAAGCUAUACGCUUCGACCAAUGCUGUCGGUGUCAUCUCUGAGCUCCUCCUCGCCGUCCUCAACACCAACGUCCACGUAUACCAGGUCUCGCCAGUCCUCACCCUCAUGGAGAAGCAUGUCACCAAGCGGCUCGCCGAGCUCAUCGGUUUCCCAGCGGGGUGCGGCGGUUUCUCGCAACCCGGCGGAUCGGCAUCCAACGCUUCAUCCAUCGUCAUUGCCCGGAACGCACUUUUCCCCGAGACGAAAGAGCACGGUAUGGGCGGUCGGCGCUUUACCCUAUUUACGAGCGCCCAUGGACACUACAGCGUGGAAAAGGCAGCGCAGAUGUACGGCUUCGGGUCAUCAGCGGUUAUUGCCGUCCCGGUCGAUUCGGACGGCCGGAUGAUCCCCAGCGAGCUGGAGAGGUUGAUCAAGGAGGGGAAGGAGAAGGGAGACGUGCCAUUCUACGUCAACGCAACGGCCGGGACGACUGUACAUGGGUCAUAUGACCCGUUCACAGAGCUCUCGGCGGUGUGCAAGCGGAAUAACCUGUGGCUCCACGUCGAUGGGUCAUGGGGAGGGAGCGUCAUCUUCAGCCAGAAGUACAGGAAGGGGCGGCUAGAGGGGAUCGAGCUGGCCGAUAGCAUGGCUAUCAACCCGCACAAAAUGCUCGGCGUGCCGAUGACCUCGUCUUUCCUCCUCGUCAGGAGCUUGCUUCAGGCUUGGAAGGGUAUGACAUUACCGGCAGGCUAUCUGUUCCACGCGAAUGAUUCGGACGACCCAGAAGAAGUCUACGACCUCGCCGAUCUCACGCCUCAAUGCGGUCGUCGGCCCGACGCCCUCAAAUUCUUCCUCUCAUGGGCAUACUACGGCACAUCGGGCAUCUCGCGGCUCAUCGAGACUGGUUACGACCGCGCCGAAUACCUCUACUCCCUCCUCCGUCAGAACCCCAACUUCGAGGUCAUCUCCCCCGACCCAUUACCGUGCUGGCAGGUCUGCUUUUACUACCUUCCUAAAGCGGGUCAGAAGGCGUCCGCGGCGGGCAAGGAGGAAAAUACGCGGAUCACGCAGACGUUGGUCAAGAACCUGGUGAAGCGGGGGUAUAUGGUGGACUAUGCGCCGGGGGAGGAGGGCAAGUUCUUCAGGGUGGUCGUUCAUGCCAACACGACGAGGGAGACCUGCGAUGGGCUGGUCAAGGCGAUCAUGGAUCUGGGGGAAAGUAUCUGA